AUGGAAGCCGAAAGAUCCGAUUGGCGAGACGAUGGAGCACAAAAAAUGAGGUUGCAGCAACAUGGCAAGGCUCUGAUUGAGCACAAAAAGUUCUGGUUGGCUGCUGCUGAAAAAUUAAGGUGGCAAUUCUGGGGGAUCGGCAGUGACGAUUUAGAGGAGGUCGCUACAGGGCUUGACCCGGUGUCGGUUGGCCAAGAAGUCUUGACGGGCCUUCUCGACCUCUUCCCGGAGCUCCGGCGUGCCGUAAUCCGGGUCGAACUCCCAAGUUUGCCGGCCCACAUAGUUGUUGGUGCUAUGGAGAUAAGGGCUGUCAACCCCUUCUGCAAUCUUUAA